GGUUCGGUAUACAUUUAAUUCCCGACAAAUAACACGAGGUUGCAAAACGUGUUGAGCUGUUUAUAAAAAGAUUUGAGAUAAAAACGUUAAUUUUGAGAGAAAAUGGUCAAGGUAAAGGUAGAAGAUACCAAAGAGGAACCGGUACCAAAAGUUAAAACGGGCAAGGGAAAGAUUUCAAAAGACAAGAAGAAAAAGGACAAAACCAGUGUACAGGAUGACAAGAAGAAAUCUAAGAAAGAUCCGAAAGUCACAAAGAGUGAAGAAAAUGAAGAAGCAACAGUAACCAAAGAGAAAAAGAAAUCUAAAAAGAAACCUGAACUAGCAGAAAAUGGAGAGAAAGAAGAAGGAACAGAUAUCAAAGAGAAAAAGAAGAAGGACAAGACAAAAGCUGACAAAUCUGAAGAAAUGACAGACAUAUCAGAAGACAGUGUAGUUAAAGAGAAAAAGAAAUCAAAGAAAGACAAAACAUCAUCGGCUAAUGGCCACAGUGUGACAGAGGAAGCAGAUACCACUGAAAAUGUCAAUGGUACAACUAAAAAUCCGGAGGAGACCAAGAAUGGUGCAGAGGUGUCUGAAAAAACAGAGGCAGAGAUCCUGGGGGAUUUCUCAAACUUCAGAUUAUCAGAUGUCACUGUGGAAAAACUCAAGAAGCGAAAUGUGAACUAUUUGUUUCCCAUACAAUACAAGACAUUUGAUCAUGUCUACAAUGGAGAAGAUGUAAUUGGUCAAGCACGUACUGGUACUGGGAAAACACUUUCAUUUGCAUUGCCGUUGGUAGAAAUUCUGCAGAAGAAUAAAACCCCAAGAAUUCGCAACUGUCCAAAGGUCAUUGCAAUGGUACCAACUCGUGAACUUGCAAAGCAAGUUUCUGAUGAGUUUGAGUCUAUUAGUGAUGGACUCAGUGUGGCCUGUUUCUAUGGGGGAACUCCAUAUGAAAAGCAAAUAAGAGCCAUAAGGUCAGGGAUCGAUGUUCUGGUGGGAACCCCAGGGCGUAUCAAAGAUCACAUAGAGAAGGGUAACCUUGACUUCAAAGGGGUGCGGCACGUGGUCCUGGAUGAGGUGGAUAGAAUGCUGGACAUGGGGUUCGCAGAAGACGUGGAAACUAUCAUAUCAUCCGCCUAUAAUAACGGAAGUGGAGAAAACCCCCAGACACUGUUGUUUUCAGCCACACUUCCUUCUUGGGUUCACGACACGGCCAGAAAAUACAUGAACAAAGAUAAGCUGGCUAAGGUCACCCUGGUCAACAGUCAGGAGAACCGGACAUCCACCACAGUACAGCAUUUGGCGAUUCGAAGCAGUUUCUGGGAUCGUCCCUCUGUGAUUGGUGAUGUGCUUCAGGUUUACAGUGGCAAAAAUGGCAGAGCGAUCAUAUUUAAUGAGACCAAGAAAGAGGCAGACAACCUAUCGUGUAGUGAAUACAUAAAGCAGGACGCUCACGUAUUACACGGAGACAUUCCACAAGAAAAGAGGGAAACGGUCCUCAAGAGUUUCAGAGAAGGGAAGUUUAACGUGCUGUUGACGACGGACGUGGCAGCGCGAGGACUGGACAUUCCAGAAGUGGAUCUGGUCAUUCAGUGUAAUCCGCCUGAGGACGUCGACUCUUACAUCCACCGCUCCGGCCGAACAGGCAGGGCCGGGAAAAACGGAGUCUGCAUCUGCUUCUACAAACCAGAAGAAGAGAUGAAAUUAGCCAAUGUCGAGUACAGAGCAAAAAUCAAGUUCAAGAAAGUGUCUGGACCAACCAAGGAAGACAUAAUCAGUGCCUCUGUAGAGGAUGCAGUGAGAUCUAUAGAAGGUGUGCAGUCUGAGACAUUGGAUUAUUUCCGGUCGUCGGCAAAGGAACUGAUUGCUGAGCGCGGAGCAGAGGAUGCUUUGGCUGCUGCCCUCGCGUUGAUAUCAGGAUCCACAAAAAUCACCUCCCGCUCCAUGCUCUCCUCAAAAGAGGGUUUUACAACGUUUUAUUUGAAAACGAACACGGAGAUACAGCGCAACAAUUACGUGUACCGGGCCCUGGAGAGGUGUCUACCCAAGGACCUGGUGGAGAAGAUCCGAUGGCUGACCCUGUGUAAGGACAGAAUGGGAGCUGUGUUUGAUUUUCCCUCGGAGUGUGAAUCUCAGGUCUUGAAUUAUUGGACCGACGGGAAAUUUGAUACCCUGUGCAAGGCCACAGAACUGCCUGAAUUACAGGAAAAAGAAAGACCCUUCUCCCCAGGGGCCCGUGGCGGCAGGGGGAGGGGGUCGUUUGGGGGGCGCAGCAGAGACUUUUCCAGUUACAACAACAGAUCUAGAGGGGGUUUUGGCGGGAGGGGGAGUUUUGGCGGUAGAGGGGGCUUUGGGGGGAGAGGGAGCUUUGGUGGCAGAGGAGGGUUCAAAAGAUCAGGUGACUUUGGUGAAGCAAGUCCGCAAAACAAGAAAAUUCGUUUUUAGAAAAAGCAUACGUCACACUUAUUAUAUGAUGUGCAAUAAAAAUCUUUUUAGAGUCCUC